UGUGGACCAUGUCCGCAUGGGAGAGACCGCUUUCAAUUAAAUGUAAAAGUCUUGUCGAACGGUUGACUCCUUUUCGUGAUGGUCCUCCGUUGGUACGUGCAAUCGCCAUAGCCUACAGGGCGGACUUCAACAUACUUCUCACUAUCCUCCCUUGAGAACAGAUCACCGCGGCCAGGACCUCUUAAUGAACUUGCUGUGCAACCGUUGCACCACAGGAUAACCUCAAAGGCACGUUUGCCUCGCCCCGUGCUGCCGCUUCCGCUCUAUCCUCAUAUCUGCUACCUCGUACGCGUUCCACGACUACCUCUACUGUUCUAGAGUCCGCCACGGCUGCGACGGAGGUUGGCCUACCUUAUUUUCGCGCAACCACGUCAGAUUGCAGACAUCACAUCCUCGCAUUCUACGUCGCGAGCCGAGUCUUGUGCUCACCCGUUGCCCACUCUGGAUUCUCCGUCCCUUCAAAAUCCUUACACCUCUCACCAUCGAAGGCGCUCUUCGGCGACCAAGACACCCAAGAUCGUCACAACUCACCUAGCGACCGCAUCAGGAAAAUUCGGCAGUGGCAUUGGGCGGAUACUUGGAACUAUCCCGGGGACGCCGGUGACCGCAGGCCCCGGUGAAAUGUCCUUGUCUCGUUCGCCGUCACCGCAAUCGGGUGGAGGAUGGUCAAGCCCCGGCCUCACAACACCGUACGACAGCGCAAGCAGGAGAGCUAGUCCCGUGCCGAGAUAUGGCAAUGGCGGUGCAAACAACGUGACUUGGGCGACAGCGCAGGCAAGAAGUGCCCAAGUGCGUGCGUUUGCGCCUCGCUCAGAUCAAGGCUUCGCGAGACAUUUCCGUCGCUUGUCAACCAAGCUUCCAUACUUCAACUCCAACGACUACUCAGAGAAGGAAAAGCUGGGACGGGGGCGGCCCCCAGUGACGGAUGCAUAUGGUCUAAUGGCCAUGGUAGGAAGACUAUUCUGGCGCUUUCGGCAGCGAGCAGUGAUUGCGCUUCUCUUCUUGAUUUUGUUGUUUUUCCUUAAUAUGCCUUCCUGGAUCGAGUUCUGGGACAAGUCCGUUCGUGGUGGAGGUGAAAAGUUCGUAAUCAUCCUGGCCGCUAAUAUUGGUGGAGGUGUAAUGGAAUGGAAAGGUCCUAGGGAGUGGGCGAUAGAAAGAGACAGCAUAAAGAACAAACGCAACUACGCGAAGAGAUGGGGUUACGAGUUUGAGAUUGUCGACAUGACGACCAAGAAGCGCUACGCCCAUGAGUGGCGAGAAAGUUGGGAGAAAGUGGAUGUCAUGCGCGCCACGAUGCGGAAGUAUCCACGCGCAGAAUGGUUUUGGUGGCUUGACUUGAACACGUUUAUAAUGGAGCCAUCCUAUUCCUUGCAGAGACAUAUCUUCAACGACAUAAUGGGCAACGUCUACCGAGACAUCAAUGUCUACAAUCCCCUCAACAUCUCGCACCCUCCUACGGACCCUUACCUCGACGAGGAAUCACUCUCCGCUGUUGGAGACGGCAAGGCCGAAUCAGUUCAUCUACUCUUACCUCAAGAUUGCAGUGGCUUUAAUCUUGGUUCCUUUUUCCUGCGUCGCAGUCAAUGGACUGACCGACUGUUGGAUUUGUGGUGGGACCCAGUACAUUACGAGCAGAAACACAUGGAAUGGGAACAUAAAGAACAGGAUGCGCUCGAAUACUUGUAUACGAAUCAACCAUGGAUACGGUCUCACGUUGGGUUCCUUCCACAACGUAAGAUCAAUAGUUUCCCGCCUGGCGCUUGUGGUGAGAAAGGCGAGAACCCAAAGAUUCACUACAGCUCCAAGGACAGGGAUUUCCUCGUUAAUAUGGCAGGCUGUGAAUGGGGUAGAGACUGCUGGGCAGAGAUGUACAAGUACCGCAAUCUCAGCUACCGGCUCAAUGAAGGGUAUUGGGAAUCAAUGGUUGACUGGGUGCGGGAUAAGAUCAAAGAAUGGAAAAAUCCUCCCAAGAAGGAAACGGAGAAAGAUGCUACUACAACUGAGCAUGAGAAGGACGACGACAGGGAGGACGGCAAGGAGUCAUGAUUGCGAGAGCUUUACGCCUGCUUUUUUGUAUUAUCUAGACAUGGUGUACUGUACGGGCCUUUCAGCUUGUUAUAGACAAGCCUUCCGAAAUUCGUUGCACCUGGUACUCUCCUCGAGAAAGAAGUGGAUGUUCAGCGCCGUGUUCGGCUGGUUAACGCGAGAUGAUUCACAUAAGCAUAAUUUAGAGACUCAAGUAAUCUUUACAAAAAAUUCCAUUAUGCUUUUGGUA